AUGAAUCAGCAACCACAGCUUCAGCACAGAUCAUCACCAAAAAUCGCCAUCGUCAUCACCAAGAACUACCGCCACCUGACCCAUAAGAAAAAAACUCCACUGGAGAAGCAUCGCCCUGACUUCGCCGCCAGUCGCCGAUUGUUUCAACGCGUGAACCAACCGGAGCCCAAGCACUACCCGUCACUACCAGUUCUGAUGACGCUUAUCCGACAGCUGCGCCCGAGGCGGCUGGGACCAAGUACCACCGGUCCUCAGCACCUCCGACCCCUGUUCUCCAACCUGAAGCUGCCGUCCGGAGUUUAA